CGGCGCUGCUCGCGCGCUGGAGUCAAGAUGGAGGAGUACGCGCGGGAGCCCUGCCCCUGGCGCAUUGUGGACGACUGUGGCGGGGCCUUCACGAUGGGCACCCUCGGAGGCGGGAUCUUUCAAGCCGUCAAAGGUUUUCGCAAUUCUCCGGUGGGAGUAAACCACAGACUCCGAGGGAGCUUGACCGCUAUUAAAACCAGGGCUCCGCAGUUGGGAGGUAGCUUUGCAGUGUGGGGAGGUCUGUUUUCCAUGAUCGACUGCAGUCUGGUUCAAGUCCGAGGGAAAGAGGACCCCUGGAACUCCAUCACGAGUGGGGCCUUGACAGGAGCCAUCCUGGCUGCAAGAAACGGACCCGUGGCCAUGGUCGGGUCGGCUGCGAUGGGCGGUGUUCUUCUAGCGUUAAUCGAAGGAGCUGGUAUCCUGUUGACAAGAUUUGCCUCAGCACAAUUUCCCAAUGGUCCUCAGUUUGCUGAAGACCCCUCCCAGCUGCCUUCGGCCCCGUUGCCGUCCUCACCCUUUGGAGACUACCGGCAGUAUCAGUAGGACUCGAACAGGGAGCUGGAGGUCCAGGGAGCUCUCAGGACACCAGGUUGAAGACUUUCUGAAACCGUAGGCGGGACAACCAUGGCCAAGUAGGCUGCAGAGAGACCAUGGGCACUUUUUCUACUAAAGGAACAUGUGGUGGGGGUGUUGGAAGAUCGUCCAUUUAUUUAUUCUCCCGUGGAGUGUGCGUAUGAUGGAAGUAAACGAUGUCUUAGAGAAAACACACCGAGUGCUGGGAAAUGCGGGCCACAGGCACAGCAGUGGGACGCGCCGUCGUCUCCUGGGGACUCCUGCCUUGUGUUCUGUAGACAACAAUAAAACUCCUGGGGCUUGAGCCUCCCUCUC